AUGGUUCAGGCGGAAUCAUCCAAUGCAGCAGUAAAACAUGCCCUGCGCGCAAAUGCGGCUGGCGCGCCCCCAGACUAUGAGCUACCCUGGGUCGAAAAGUACAGACCUGUAUUCCUCGAUGACGUUGUCGGAAAUACGGAGACGAUAGAGAGGCUAAAAAUAAUUGCCCGCGAUGGAAAUAUGCCUCACGUUAUCAUUUCCGGCAUGCCGGGAAUCGGAAAGACGACAUCCAUCUUAUGUUUAGCAAGGCAGAUGCUGGGAGAUGUGUACAAAGAGGCUGUGUUAGAGCUGAAUGCUAGUGACGAAAGAGUCCGUUUCCUCGCAGGCAUUGACGUGGUGAGAAAUCGGAUAAAAGGGUUUGCACAGAAGAAGGUCACAUUACCACCAGGAAAGCAUAAGCUUGUUAUCCUUGACGAGGCCGAUAGUAUGACCUCUGGUGCCCAACAAGCCCUCCGUCGCACAAUGGAAAUAUACUCUGCUACUACUCGAUUUGCCUUUGCAUGCAACCAGUCUAACAAGAUUAUUGAGCCACUACAGUCGCGUUGUGCAAUUUUACGCUAUUCUCGUUUAACGGAUGCCCAGAUCGUCAAGAGAUUAAUGCAAAUAUGCGAAGCGGAGGAUGUGAAGCAUUCCGAUGAUGGGAUUGCGGCGCUGGUAUUUAGCGCGGAGGGCGACAUGCGUCAAGCAAUCAACAAUCUCCAGAGCACCUGGGCUGGUUUUGGUUUUGUGAGCGGCGAUAAUGUCUUCCGUGUGGUCGAUAGUCCUCAUCCAGUUAAGGUCCAAGCAAUGAUCAAAGCGUGCUAUGAGGGUAAGGUCGAUUCCGCGUUGGAUACAUUGACAGAAUUAUGGUGA